CAACACAUUCGAAGUCUGUCUCCCUAUCCAGCGACACCAGUCGAAGAAGCCAACACCACACCAAUAUGUUCAAAUUGUUCGUUCUCGCUGCUCUUUUGGCCGUGGCCGCCGCCAAGCCCGGUCACCUGGCUGCUGCUCCUCUGGUCUACAGCGCUCCCGCCACCACCACCGUCGUCCAGGAGCCCGUUCUGGCCAAAGUGGGUGCUGUUGUGAAGAGCGUGCCCACCGCCGUGUCCCACCAGAGCCUGACCCAGGUGCACAGCACCCCCGUGGUGGAGGAUGUGGUGGCUCCCGUGGUCAAGACCACCGCUGUCCACUCCGCUCCCGUGUUGGCCGCCGCACCCAUUGUGAAGACUUUGGCUCCCGUCGCCUACUCUGCUCCUCUGGCCUACUCCGCCCCGGUGGCCUACUCCUCGUAUGCCGCUCCUCUGACCUAUUCCGCACCGGUGGCCUACUCGGCUCCCCUCUCCUACGCCGCCCCAGCUCCCCUGCUGCACCACGCCCCUCUGACCUACGCCGCUGGCUCCUGGUAAUGUGGUGAGGAUCGAAAGAGUUUGAACUGUGCCUUUCUAGUUGAAAAAAAAUAAGGAAAUCGAAAAAAGAAUAAAUUAAAUUGUGAAUACC